AUGUCUCGAAGACCUAAUGGUCUGUUUUUAUCUCAAUGGAAAUACACCUUAGAUAUUCUGUCUGAGACUGGACUUCUUGGAGCUAAACCAUCUUCUUCGCAUAUUGAUCAACAUCAUCAUUUAGCUCUUGAUGAUGGACCUUUGUAUUCUGAUUCAUCCCAGUAUCAUCGGCUUAUUGCACGCGUGAUUUAUUUGACGAUUACGCAUCCUGAAUUGUGUUACUUGGUGCAUGUAUUGGCUCAAUUUAUGCAGUCUCCUCGGGUAUCUCAUUGGAAAGAUGCUCUCCGAGUUCUUCGUUAUAUAAAGGGUCAUCCUGGUCAAGGGAUUUUUUUACGCAGGGAUAGUGCUCUUCAUCUUACGGUUUGUUGUGACUUUGACCGGGCCUCCUGGCCUCUUAGUCAUUGUUCGCUUACUGGUUACUUUAUCUUUUUAGGAUGCUCACAUAUAUCUGGGAAGACAAAGAAACAAUACACAGUAUCUCGCUCUUCAGCUGAGGCCGAGUAA